CACGCGUGUAGCUUAGUAGGCUUUUCUAACGCAGGAAGUCAACGUUGACCAUGCUUAGCUAUUUCUAGUGCGCGUGUGAGGAUCUGUUCGAAAGUUUGACAUUUGCCGAUCAUAAAACAAUAAUUUUUGGAGUUUAUUCACCUGAGGACGUGCCGAGCUAUGUCUGCCCUUCACCACUGUUGAUAUCAUAAUCGAUCAUUUACAUACAGGGAGGACAUCGUACGAUCAACGAAACAAUGGAUUUGGAUAAUCCCUCUUAUUUCAACAUCGCCGGUGAUGCCACACGAACCGCCACUUGCGGCAGCGUGAGCAGCUCCUCAGACUGUUCCCUGAGUCGCCAGCUGACGCCUCCACGAAACAGAAUGGGUAUGCGGUCUUUCGCGAGGUCCAUCAGCUCCAAUUCCACGGAAUCUAACCAGUUCAUCCGGGGAGAACCAAGACUUAGCGACCUGGCGCCAGAUCUAGCAGCGAAGCACAUCUCCAAGCAGAAGACGAAGACGCAGAAUGGUAUCGUCUACUCCUCCCUUGCCCUGGACCCAGAGUCGGACUCUGGGGACGAAGUGUUCUUGGAGGAAAGUUCGGCGAGGUACUACAACUGUUCUGCUGGCAGCAGGAGACAAUCGGUGGGGUCUUUCAGCGCUAGGGAUCGGGCAGCUAGUGUUUCCUCAUCGUUGAGGAGCUUCAGAGAGGAGGCUCCAUGUCCUUCUAGGGUGGAUGAAGGGGAUUGCGCCAUUGAUAUUAGUGGAAUGAUGGCCACUUCUCCAGUGGAUGUUAUAGACGACCACGCCAUUCGGCACGGUUCAUUUCCUAGGAAGAGAUGCAGCAAGUGCGUUAAAGCCGAUGCCCCCUCCUUGGCGUGCUGUUAUCGACAGGAAGAAGGUGUUCGAACUUUGAGUUGGACCGGAGGUCGUGGACUCUUGAACUCGAUAUCGGCUAGUUUGGGGCCCUGCCCGCGAAGAAAAUUGUGCGACAUCCCGCCCAAGGUCAACAGGGUGCCUUUGACAGAUUUAGUUUUCGAAUCGGCAAUUAUUUCCUUAUGA